AGCCAUGCUCAUUACAGCGUAUAUUUCCUUGCAUGCCAAAAAGCAUCAGGAUUGAAUCCCUACAUUUAUUUCUUGCUACAUUUUUUUCGAGAAAAAGCAAGGUUUUUGUUACAUCACGCACCGACAUCAAUUGUACCAUAGAACAAGAUAUUGCUUCUCUCUGCAACCGCUACCCCAAAAAUAUACUGAAAAUCUUUGGACGUUCUCGUCUCGCUGCUAUGGAGCAUUCCUAUCUUCGUGGAUUGGGGCUCCAAGUUAUAUCGAAGCCCGCAUACACACUUACAACUGCGGAAGUACGUGAGUUCGGCACUAGUAAAGCUGCGUCUAGUACUAGAGGAGGAGAAGCGACGAACAACAAGUCUGGAAACAAUUCGAAUACCAAAGUUUCUUCAACUUCUUCCGGAAGCAACAAAAAAAGCGACAAAAUGGCUGCACAAUCACCUAUUGAGAGUGAAUGGCCAGUGUCGAAGGUCAGAUCGACCUUCAUUGACUUCUUCUGCAAGAAGAAGGGCCACACCUUUAUCCAGAGUUCACCAGUGGUAAGAUUCAAGUUUUGCUCUGAAUUGUUUAUUGGUCAUGGUUGUGUUUUCCUGCCUCUACUACAAUUUGAAAGACAUUUCUCUGCAUAGUACCAUAAUGCUGCAUUUGUGUUGGUUAUUGCGAUGUUGGAAUUCAGUGAAGCUCCUGUCAGUGACAAGCUGCCCACGAUCUCAUAAUCAAACUCUCUACUUCCCAAUCAUUUUUUUGAGGUACCCCACCAAGACCCGACUUUGCUUUUCAUCAAUGCGGGUAUGAAUCAGUUCAAGCCAAUUUUUGUCGGGCAAAUCGAUCCGUCCCACCCUUUCUCGAAGCUGAAGCGUGCCGCCAACAGUCAAAAGUGUAUUCGUGCUGGCGGCAAGCACAACGACUUGGAUGAUGUGGGUAAAGACGUGUACCACCACACUUUUUUUGAGAUGUUGGGAAACUGGUCUUUUGGAGACUACUUCAAGGAGGAAGCGAUCGACUGGGCCUGGGAAUUGCUGACGGAGGUAUUAUACGGCAUAGUCUUACAACUUGGAACAAGUAGGCGGCUGGCUCUUAUUCGAGAAUAGUCCGUUAGAAGAAGAAAUUGAUACUCUAUAUAAUGUCAAGGGUCAAGGUCUUGUUUUUUUGAAAUUGAUAAAUCCAGGUCUACGGUCUCCCGAAAGACCGCUUGUAUGCGACCUACUAUGGUGGGGACCCAAAGCAGCCAUCGGUGCCGGCUGAUAUGGAAGCCAAAAAGUUGUGGGAACGAUAUUUGCCACCACAUAAGGUCCUCCCGAGUGGCAUGAAGGAUAACUUCUGGGAGAUGGGUGACACAGGACCAUGCGGCCCGUGCAGCGAACUUCACUUUGAUCGUAUUUCACUUCUUACACAUUAUACAAGAAUACUACUGCAUACAGAUGCAAGAGAUGUAGCAGAAUGAGUCAAAAAGUUAGCGUUUACAAUCUACUACAACGAUGAAAUCCUCUCCUAUCGUCCCAUAGACGUAGAGAGGCCCUCUGUUCCUCCUAUCCCAAGUACAUUUUCUCCAAUUUCUGAGGUAUUGGCGGUCGUGACGCUUCUAAGUUGGUGAACAUGGAUGAUCCUGAUGUGCUCGAAAUCUGGAACCUGGUUUUCAUGCAGUACAACCGAGAGAAAGACGGGUCUCUCCGUCCGUUGCCGAAGAACAGUGUGGAUACCGGAAUGGGUUUGGAGCGUGUUGUGUCCUGUUUGAACGACGUGCGAUCGAACUACGACACCGACAUUUUCCAACCGAUCUUUGCGGAGAUCCAGAAGGUAUGCGGAUGCAAGCCGUACAGCGGAAAAGUAGGUGCUGACGACACUGAUGGCGUCGAUAUGGCGUACAGAGUGAUCGCGGAUCACAUCCGUACGAUCACGAUCUCAUUAAGUGAUGGAGCUAUUCCGAGUAGCAAGGGACGCGGAUCGGUCUUGCGGUUGAUCUUGAGACGCGCUUGCCGAUACGGAAAGCGGUACAGAGAACUAGCUACUAUGGAAGAUUGAUCUUUUUAGUUUCUCUUAUUGUUAGAAACCUUUUUUACAUGUUGUUUCUAUAAUUAAGUAGAAAGAACAAGUUGAUCAUCAUGUUUGGAAAAUGAAUAGACGAGUAAAAGAGGUUCUUUGAAGAUGGCGCCAUUGUUCAUUAUAUUCCCAACUAGCUACUAAACUACAACAACAGAUUCCUCAACGCCCCAGACGGUUUCUUCGUGCGCCUGGUCGAUUGUCUAGUCGCAUCCCUCGGCGACGCCUUCCCUCACCUGAGAGAAAACACCGAUGACGUGAAAGCAUGCAUCGCCGACGAAGAAAAACAAUUCCUCAAGACGUUGGCGAAGGGCGAGGCACAGUUUGAAGCGUACUGCUCCAAGUUGGCGCCAGGCGAGAAGACCUUCCCGGCUCAAGAAGCCUUUACUUUGGCAACUACCUACGGCUUCCCUAUGGAACUAACCGAGGUCAUGGCCGAAGAAAAGGGACUCUCAAUUGAUAAAGAGGGAUUCAAGGUACUUCCUCGUAUAGCCCUAUAAUAUUAGGUGUGAAGAAGAUGAAAACAACAGCAAGUAGUUUCUUUUUGUUCACAGAAUGGUACAACCAGGUGUCGGACUUUUGUUUGGUGCCAGGUGUCUUUUUGUUGAAAUAUUCAUCAGAAAAUGUUCCAAUUCGCUCUACCUCUACUCUCCAGAAGAGGAAAGCAACAUGUUAACAAAGAUCGACGACCUUCAUCUUCCCCCCACUACAGCAACACAUGAAGGAUUUUGCGGAAAUUUCCCGCAAGAAGGAUCUUGAAAGCGACAAGGAUCUCACUUUGUAUGCUGAGCAAACCGAUGCUUUGGAGAGCAAGAUGCAACUCGCGAAGACGAAUGAUCUCGAGAAGUACACGUGGGAUAGUCUCAGUGGUGCGGGGAACAGUGUGGAGGCAACGGUUUUGGCCAUCUGGGACGGCAAGAAAUUCGCAGAUAAGGUUACCUCCGCAGAUGCCGAUGUAGGCGUCAUUUUCGACCAAACGCCAGUGUACGCCGAGAGCGGCGGCCAAGUGCACGACAAAGCUACAGUCAAGAGCUUGUCAACUGCUAGUGGAGUGCCCAUGGAGUUUGCGGUCACGUCGGCGAAAGCGUACGCUGGCUACGUGGUGCACAGGGGUAGUGUCGUGACCAGCGGAAGUUUGGCAGUCGGCGACAAAGUGUCCGUUGAAGUCGACUUUGGCCGUCGCUCCCAAGUCGCGAAAAACCACACAGGCACGCACAUCCUCAAUUUCGCUCUUCGCAAGGUCCUUGGCCCCAAAGUCGACCAGCAGGGUUCCGUCGUCAAGGAGGAUUGCCUCACCUUCGACUUCAACUGCAACGCCAAGAUGACCGAGGAAGAGCUGCAAAAAGUCGAGGACAUCGCGAACUCAGUGAUCGGCACGAACUGGGAAAUCUUCACCCAAGAAUGUCCGAAGGAUACUGCCCUCAAAAUCGAGGGUCUCCGUGCCAUGUUUGGUGCCAAGUAUGGUUCGGAAGUGCGAGUCGUGUCAGUCGGUCAGCCGAUUGAGGAGAUGCUCAAGGAUCCGACUAUUAUGGGCACUAACAUUUUUCUUGUAGCGCUAAGAAGUACUUAGUGUUACAGUUGUUGUAACAGAAGUAGGAUCUAGAUUUAGAUUUGCAUCAGAGUAACAAAACACAGGGAUUACAAUGACAUGAACCUAUUCAUUAGAAUCGUCAUGGACAAUAUUUCUAUUGUACACGAGUGAGAUCCACAUCCAUAGUUGUGUUGAUGACUCGAAAUCGGCUUCCUCUAAUCUCCAAGUCCCGUACGGAUUGAACCAUUCUGUGGAGUUUUGCGGUGGAACCCAUGUGAAGAAGUCCAACGAAAUCUUUCGUCUUUUAGUCCUCUCCGAAGAGCCAGUGGCCAAGGGUGUGCGCCGUAUCACCUGCUGCACGGGUCAGCAAGCUGUCAGUAUGGCCGCUUUGCGCGCCAAAGAACUUACCUUGGAACUCGACGAGUGCAAGACCCUGAAGGGAGCAUUGCUGGACGCCAAGAGCAGUGAACUGCGGCAAAGACUCAAUGAGACCCAUGACAUUUCUCUCCUUGGGAAGAAGAAGAUUUUGAAGGACGUGGAAGCGUUGAAGCAGGCGGCGGUAGAUGCCGGAAAGGCGGAUGCCAAGAAGGUGUUGGCGGAAGCGAAGAGCUCCGCGGAAAGUGCGGAACCUCUGUCUGGGAACAAGGGUGUCGUACACGUUAACUCAAACAUCAAUGGGGAUAUCAAGGCUGCGGGCGCGGCUUUGGAAGUACUGAACUAUGAUAAGAAGACUUUUUUCGAUUUCCACUGUAAGUAAACCUAUAAAAAUUCUUGCAACUACGCUUGUAGUAAUAAAUAGUUUUUCUUGCAAGAAGGAGAUGAAUUCAAUUAUUUCAAUACAAUGAUUUUAAAUUUAACUCGAAAUAUGAAUUAUCCCUUUACAUCAAUUACCUUGAAAUAUGAAUUAUCCCUUACAAUAAAGGUUCUGGCCAAACGAUUCCCAGACUUGCCUCUUUGCGUCUUAGCGCCAGGCUCAGAGAAGUUGUUGGCUGUGUGCCAAGUGCCGAAGGGACACGCAGUUUCUGCCAAAGACUGGCUGUCAGGUAUCAUGGCAGUUUGCAAUGGCAAGGGUGGCGGCAAUCCCCAACGUGCUCAGGGCACAGCGUCAGAGGUCGGCAAGAUGCCGGAAGUCGAAAAAGCUGCUAAGGCUCAUCUGGGAUUGUAAGAAGAAAAGCGGCUAAAGCUCAUCCGGGAUUGUAAGAAGGAACAGGACGUGGAGAUGAAGUGCAUCUGAAUUCUCUCUUGUACCACCACGUCUCCAACGUAUGAUUUCGCGACUUAUCUUGUGCCAUCACUUCUACCACCACUACAUCUAGACACAGAAGUGAAGAUAAUUAUCGCAUUCUUGGUUAAAUUCUUGGGUGAGAAUCAAAGUGCAACAAAAAUCAAUCAGAAGUACGAUGAAAAUUUUCCUCCUUCUACUAGGAUUCUCCAUAUAAGAAGCCACAUUGAAGAUCUUCCCUAUACAUUAAGAUUCAUAUCUGAAUAUAAUUCACGUGAUAUUUCUUCUACAUCAACAACAUUUACACAUAGAAAUAACUGGAUCAUAUUAACAGUAUCGCCUCCUCGACUCCUGAUACCGUCGAAAAAGAAGAUGAGAUAGAGGCUUCGUAUCAAGAAGGUUACGAUCUCUGUACGACAUAGGAGGAGAGGCUUCUCGCUAUGUUGAUUAAUAUUCUAGCUUGUUUCCAGAACAUGUACAUCAGACCAUGAUCAUGUACGUCAAUGACAACAUCUUGUUGUCCCAACAGGGCAACCACAUGAUGUGGGACCGAAAUAGCAUGCCUCAGUUGAUAAGAACCCGAUGUGCAUUUGUUAAGAACCCGAUGUACUUACCAGAUGAACCUACGCAGCAGUGUAUCAGUUGUAGUCUGAAAUAUGUUUUUCUACGACCAAACGAGGAUCUCCAACGAUCUGGUGCUAAGGAGCUGCGAUCCUAUCCCACGACAGAGAACGACUAGAAGAUGAGGUAGC